AUGUCAACGCUGGCGUACGUUCCGCAGCGCAACGCCGCCAAGGCGGCGGAAGACAGGCUGCGGCGGAACCCAACACAGAAGAAGGCCGGCAGUCGCGUAGACUCUCCCUCGUCAUCCGCCCCGUCAGCAUCGUCAUCUACUCCGUCCCCGGGUCGCGCCUCGGUCUCUUCCGCCGCAUCUAGCACCACUCAGACGCAGUCUCGCAAGCCCGUCUUCAAAACAUACAAGUCUCGUCCUCGCGCAGCGGUACCUGACCCAGAACCAAGUCAAGACCUCGACUCAACGCUGUCCGAUCUGAGCGACAGCGAAGACGAAGUCAAUGUGGCGACGCAGUCCUCAACUACCGCCCCUUCGUCCACCCAUGUAGCCCAGUCCGACAAUCAUCAGCCACGUCAGCCAAAGACGGCACCAACAUCUACGCCCGCGCGGUCCGAAGACGACGCAGCCAUCAAAACUCCUGCGGAGGCAUCGUCUUCGCCGCUACGAGCGACCUCGAAACGAAGCGCAGCACAAGCCGCUCAGAACAGCAUCCAGCGCGCCUACUCGGAUUCAGUGUUUGCCGAGCUGGCAGCUCCUGCACAGAAGAAGUCACGAUCAGCGACAUCACCUCGAUCACCAGCAUCCUCUCGCGUCAAGGCAGAUCAUGACGACGAGAAUGGAGACCUUUACCGUGCACCUUCCGCCAAAGGCAAAUCAAAGGCUUCGUUCAAGAGUGCGGCCUCCACGCAAACUCCGAAGGAACGUCGACGCCUUCAGGACGAGCAGGGCCAACUCUGGGAGCUUCAAUUCGAGACUUGCCAAGUCAAAAGAUACAGGCAUUGGCGAAGAUGCGUCCAGUGCAUCGCGAAGAAGAUUGGCGAUACUUGCCGCUUCAUCGGCUUCCGCGCAUUCCUCGUCGACCCGGCCACGAACGACAUCUAUGCAGGAGAGGCGGCGGACGCUGUCGAGCCAGCUCUCAUAUCUUCACCUGACCCAGACGAGGUCAUGCACCUUCCCUCGAGCAGACCUCUCGCUUCCGAUGCUUUGCUUGGAGCUCACGCGGAUGUGGCACGAGCCCUCCUGCCCGUCCUAGAAGCGGAGCUGGAACACGCAAAACAGGACAACACCUUGCGCCGACCUAGGGAGACGACGUGCCGACAGAUGUGCGAGUUCUGUUCCACCAGCAUCUUUUCUGCAAGCUGGUUCUGCGAGAGGUGCGGAAGGGAAUACUGUCUUGACUGCAAACAUGCCAUUGAGCAGCAUGACGAGUCCGACCUGACCAUCCUGAAGCGCAUCACGCAGUGCGACCGAGUACGUGGGCACAAGGUUGAUGAUCUCAUCCCUUUGACCAGGUUCGAUAUUUCGCUGCUCGAGCAAGAGACGGUCGCGAUGCGAGCCAUGAUGACGGCCAACAAGGCCAAGGUCCGCAGCGAUGAUGAACCAUCACUCCCCUCUGGAAGUCUCACUACUGUCGAUGCAAGCAACGGCUCCGAGGCAGAGGACGCCGCCGCUAUCUUCUGGAAGGAAGUCCCUACGAACCGUGCCGGUCUCACUGCAGACCACGCUAUCGGCAGCCACACUCUUCGCACCUUUGACGCGUCUAACUUCAACACGGAGCGCUUCUGCAAAGAGUGGGCUCACGGCGAACCGCUGCUCGUUCGCGACGUCACGGGACCUAUGAAGCAUACUUGGGAUCCGGACUCCCUCGCUUCGCGCUACGGCGAAGAGUCCUGCCACAUCCUCCGUUCUGACACGGACCUGCCUGAGAUCAAGGAGGUGUCUGUCGGCGACUUCUUUUCUACCUUUGGCCAGGAUCUGGAACAGAAGGAGCAGGUUCUCGGGCAAGGAUCAUGGAAGCUCAAGGAUUGGCCUCCCUCCGCCGAGUUCAAGCACGAGUUUCCGGAGCUCUACGAAGAUUUUAACCUCGCGGUCCCCGCUCCUGAGUACACCACGCGAGAAGGCGUCCUCAACCUAGGCAGCUGCUACCCAAUUGGCGUCAUUCAGCCUGACCUGGGACCGAAGAUGUACAACGCCUGGCCCGCCUCCGAGGGUCCAAGAGGGCAAGGCACCACCCGACUGCACAUGGAUAUCGCCGACGCGGUCAACAUUAUGCUCUACGCUGCCCCGCCUGUCGGCGAUGAUAUACCCGAAGAGCACCGACCCGGCGUUGCGGCAUGGGACAUCUUCCGCGCCUCUGACGCCGACGCUCUCCGCGCCUUCCUCCGCGAGGAGCACGCCAAGCUGAAGUUCCAAGACGAUCCCAUCCACAUUCAGCGUUUCUUCAUCUCCGCUCCCCAACGCGUCAAGCUUUGGCGCAAGUACGGCGUCAAGAGCUGGCGCAUCUACCAGAAGCCAGGCGAGGCGGUGUUCAUCCCCGCUGGCUGCGCUCACCAGGUGUGCAACUUGACGGACUGCGUCAAGGUCGCAGUGGACUUUGUUUCGCCACAGAAUGUCGGGAGGUGCUUCAAGCUGACUGCGGAGUUCAGGGAGCUGGUGAAGGAUCAUAAGAAGGGCUGGAAGGAGGAUGUUUUGUCGCUGAGGACGACGCUGUGGUACGCAUGGUGUACGUAUCGGGAGAUGGAUGGUGGCGGGCCGAAUGUGUGGGCGAAGGAGCAGGCGACAAUUAAAGGAGAGGGGAUAGCAAGAGUGACGAAGAAGGUCCUGCAGCGCGCGUAG